AUGUCGAAUUCUAUGAAUGAUCCAGAUUCAAAUGCAUCAGUAUUGAACAAUAUUAAUUCAAAUGGAACCAAUACGGAUAUUUCAACUGUAACAUCAACACCAUUAUCACAACAGAAUAUUGGUGGUCGAAAAUUGACUUCUAGAGUCUGGCUAUAUGCGAAGAAAUCAGAUGAUGGUCAAGAAGCUGCUUGUUUGCUAUGUGAUUAUACAUGUUCAUGUCGAUCACAUUCUACAUCAACAAUUCGACAACACCUUAUUAUUAAACACAACAAAUUAGAUUUGAUAUUAAAAUCAUCAUCAGUUCUUGCAAAAUUUAAAAUUUCAGAAGGUUUAAAAAAUGAACUGCAUCAACUAUGUUAUUAUGCAAUUAUUAAAGAUGGUCGUCCAUUCAACGACCUGAAUAAGAUUGGUAUUACAGCUUUGAUAAAUAAACUUUGUCCUGAUUAUAAACCACCACAUAGAAAUCAAGUUGUUCGGCAUUUAAAAGAUUUAAACAAACAUCAUCAUGAUCUAUUGAAAGAAGAAUUAAAAACAGUUUAUCGAUUGAGCAUUACACUCGAUUUCUGGUCAAACCGAAAAAAUGAAUCAUUUCUAUGUAUUACAGGUCAUUGGAUGAAUAAUUCUCUUGAUUCUAUUUCGAAAAUCAUUGAUUUUUCUUGCUUCAAUGAACGACAUACAGCUAUUGAAAUUACCAAGGUUUUGAGAGAAAAAAUGAUUGAUUUAGGUGUUUAUGACAAAGUUUUUUGUAUUACUUGUGAUGGUGCUGAAAAUUUGGUUUUAGCUUGCGAGUUGUUAAAUGAAGAUAUUUUUAGAAUUUGGUGCUAUGCUCAUAGGCUUCACUUGGUGGUUAUUAAUGCUUUAGGAUUUUGGAUGUCUAACAAAAAGAAAAAUACUGAUGAACCUGGUUAUUCAUCGGCAAAUAUUUUGACAUUCAAUACUACAACAUCUAAUGUUACUGAUCUAGAAAUUGAACAAGAAAACAUGGAUGUUGAAUGGGAUCUUGAAUUAAAUGAUGAUUCAUGGAACAUUAAUGAUGUUGAUUUAAUUGAUGAAACAGAUGCGUAUGAUACUAGUAAUGCUACAGCCAAUACUGAAUUUAGUGAAACGACAGAUUUCUAUGAUGAUGAAAUUAUUAAUGAACAAGAUAUUGUUGAAUUGAUGAAUGAUAGCUGGUCAAAUGUUAUUAAAGAUCUUGUCAAUUUAACACAACCACAAAAAUUAAUUCUACAAGUAUUAAAAAAAUGUCGUGCUAUUGCAAAAAUUUUGAAGAAAUCUUCAUUGAUAUCACGUUUUGUUCGUAAAGAACAAGAUUCAACGAAAUCAAAAAAAAAUAUUAGUAAUGAUUGUCCAUCAAGAUGGAAUUCAACGUUCAAUUUAAUAGAUGCCAUUAUUGACCUGAAACACGUAAUUAUCAAAUUGUUUACUGAUAAGUGGUCAUUGAAUUUACGAAAAGACCAAGUAUCUAAGUUAGCAAAAAUCGAAUUAACAAGUGAAAAUUGGGAUUUAUUAUCAGCAUUACAUUUUGUUUUAAGACCAUUUUUUCUUGCAACUAAAAUGAUGUCUGGAAAAGAAUAUGCUACAAUUGGCUUAUCGUAUUAUGCUAUACAUGAAAUUAAAUGCUUUUGUGCUAAGGAGGAUAAAUGUUCUGAACAAAGUAAAACUUUUAAAAGAUUAUUAGCCGACAAAUUGACCAAGUACUUUUAUUCUAAUUCUGAACAAAUUCAUCAUUUGCAAAGAUUAGCAUAUUUUGAUCCAACAUCACAUUUGUGUUUAAAUGACAAAGAAAAACAACAAAUUGAACACUACAUAAGAAAACUUAUAACAGAUGAUGUUUAUCCAUUAGAAUCAUCAUCAAAUGAUAAUUUGACGAGUUCAUCAACAUUAUCAGCACAAAUUCAAGUGAAACCAUCUAUUUUUGACGAAUUUAUGGCUGCCUGUGGUCAAGAAGAGAUUAUAUUGACAAGUAACAUGAAAGAAAAAAGCAAACGGAUCAGCAUAAAUGAAGAAUUAAAAUACUUCAAACAAGUCGUCCAACAGUUUAAUGCAGCAGUACAACCAUCAACAAAAUCUGCCAAAAACUUUUGGAAAGCACAUAAAGAUCGCCUACCAUUAUUAACACACUUGGCCAAAAUACAUCUAUCAGCUUGCGCCACAAGUGUGCCAAGUGAAAGUGCUUUUUCACAAUCUGCAUUCAUUGGUCGCAAAGAAAGAAAUCGUAUUACUGGCGAACAUCUAGCAUAUUCUGUUUUCUUGAAAGACAAAUUAUAA